UCCUCUUCCUAACUUUCUACAUUAGUAAUUUCUCGUCUCACUUUGUCCAGCCGUUAUUGCUUUGUUCUUUUUUUCCGACUGGGGGACUUCUCCUCCCGAUAAGAUACCCACUAGGACUAUCAUCUGCAGGAUGACGUUUGGGGAGAUCGAAGAGAGUUCAUCGUGUAUACAGUAGACUCUGUUAGUCUGAAGGUGCUCCACACCUCGAAUACCAAUCACUGCGGAAUGUCGAGUUGGAGUUGGGGAAGAAUGGGCGCGGAGAAUGGAGUUGGUCGCAAACGGGCUGGAAGCAAUGGGCUUGCAUUGGAAGGGUGUUUUCUGUUUGUUUGAAUCUUCCAGAGGUUUGUUGCUGCUGUUUAUUGAAGAAUAUCUGAACAUCUUCAUUCCAGGUCAUUUUUUUUUUACUGUAACCUAGAGAUGUAGCAUGGCAAUAGUACCAUGUACCAUGUAUGUGCAUUGGCUGACUGCAGCUGGCAGCAGCACCGUUGCCGCCCCUCGAUCGGGCCGUCUGCUGGACGUACCAGAUGAUGGGGCUUCAUUGACCCGCCUGGACCAUGAAAUCAUACACUGGAGAUUCAAGCGCAUCGUCCACUUGUUCAUCGUCCUUUGCACCAAGCACCUCGCCUUGCGUUUCGAAACUCUGCUUCAGGCACCGCCCAAACAUUCCCCAUCAGAGGCUUAUCUACGCUCCAUUGAUCACGCCGGACGACUAGUCGCCCCCGCACCAAUCCCUCUCCUAUUCGCCACUGUGGUAGGUACCCGUGUCUCAGCAACACCAUUAGCCUUAACAACAGUCAAAAUGAAACCAGCAACCGCCACCAAAUCUCCCAGUGGCCAUGGCAGCCUCUACAAGGAGGUCCGCUUCUCUCCUACCCCGACCCCCGUCCGUCGGACACAGUCAGUGCCGGACACCCAUCUUGACUCGAGAUCACAUCAUACGCGAGGCCCCGAGACCAAAGGGGCCACUUAUUCGGUCGUAGGUGCGGAUUAUCUUCAACAAGUCCGGUCGCUCCUCGAUCGCCAGCGUGCAAAUUUCGAGGAUGAGAGGAAACUCUUCAAUGAAGAACGACAAAUAUGGGAAAACGAGCGAUUACUACUAAAUCAGAGGAUCUCUGAAUUAGAGUCGUUGCUCAAGGGUAGGGGAUCCACAGGGGCCGGCGCUACUAAUAGUACGGCCCCGACCGGUGCUUUUGCAUCUUAUGCAUUACCGUCUGCAUUUCACAAUCAAUUCAGUCGCCCGCUUUUAGCAGACUCUACUGACCAUCCUCACCCAACGAGUGCCCAGGUGUGGGAGGGUUCUAGCCCUGGCAGUAGGCCCACAAGGGUAUUUCCUGACGUGGAGAAGACGGACCUCCAGGGUCUCGUGUCCCCGGAGCAAGGAGGCAAUCUAUCGAUCGCUGCACCAUCUUUGGACGCCGCCCUCUCGCCCAAGACUCACGCAGCCGACUUUCCUGCGGCCGUAUGUGUUUCUGUUCCGAUCGAGAGGCUCGAUAGCAAGCUUGAUGGUAUUACGCUCAAAUCCUCUGCAUUGCCGCCGGAAAUUGUCGCUCGUGUAAUCACGCCGCCGUCGCCGCCAUCACUUGAGGGCUCCCCAUCAUUUUCUGGCCGGACUUCUGCCGAACAUCGCAACAGCCUCAAACUCAAAUUGUCGGAGCUUGGCCCACCAGAGUUCAACCUGACCAGAAACGCUGGUCACACUCCUAUGGCUAGGAUUGAUCGGGACGUCGACACGGAGCAACCGUCUCCCCAGGAGAUUGUUGCAAACGAGGACAAAGCCCUUGCUCCGGCAGCGCCUCGGCAACCUGCAGAAAACUCCGACUCGUACUUUGAAGAUUUGGCCGAUGAUCCAGCUUUGAAGGGGCCACUCUCCCUGUUGAACGAAAAAGAGCACGACAGUGACUUUCUGAGCCAGGUUGAUCAAAAGCUUCUGGAUCAAGCCAGGCGCUUCAUCGGGUUUCCCCGAAACAGUGAAGAUCAAAAACUGGCCGAGGUCGAGCCACCAAGCCAGGGUGAGGAACCCGAAUUGCGGUUCAAGAAGACAACCAACUUUGGCACAGCCUUUGGCAAAUCAGACUGCGGGAAAGCUUCCCCUUCACCUCCUUUGGGGACGCAGUCUCCUACCGAGUGGCCAGAUCCUGUCGGACAUGAGGUCACCGUGACUAUCGGAGGUAUUGUCUCGUGGGCCUUGCAUGGCGGUACUAUGUACAACCCCAAGAGCCUUUCGGCAUUGCUAUGCCUCGUGCUGGCUGUUGCUCCGCCCUCCGCACUAUCCGCACCUGUUGCCCCCAGUAACGCAGCCGUUGCGCGGAGACAGGCCCACCAUUUCAACAGCAACACCCAGGCCGGCUCAGGCAUGGACUUCUCGAUCCCUGAUGGACCAUCCUUCAAUACUGGCAACUCUGCCUCCACCAGAUACACUGAAGACAAUGGCGACAAUGGUGGCUCGAGUGAAUCGAGUGACACCGACGCGGGUGACUCCUUCAACGUCGGCAUCCCCGAUGGUCCCAGCUUUAACAUGGGCAGCUUCUUUCACAACGGCUAUGAGGAAACCGAUGAGCCGCGGCCACGACCAGAGCCCUCAACCAUCUCGUCCACCUCGUCCACCACGAGCAGCACGAGCCCCCCAGACUCUACGAUAGCCCCUCCACCACCGCCGGUUAAUCCUCCUAUUGACACUACUGCCCCUACUCCUGCUCCCCCUGCUACGCACACUACAACUACUACUACUACUACUACUCACCCCCCUCCUGUCCCUCCCACUGCUGUCCCUCCUGCUCCUCCAGCUACACAUGCUCCUUCGUCCCCUCCUACCACUACUACCCCUCCUCCAGCUCCCCCCACUACUACUCCUUCCACCACGCCUUCCACCACUCCCCAUUCCUCAGCACCAUCUUCUCCCUCUGAGCCCGCUCCCCCCACUCACCCCACCACUACUCCCCACGCCACUCCCCCAUCCCCAUCCCCAGCUCCAUCCUCCCCCUCCGAGCCCGCUCCUCCUGUCCCUCCCGUCCCUUCCCUCCCAGCAGAAACCACCGAAGGACCCGAGGAGCCAGCUGGAGCCGUCCAAGAAUGCCCAGCUCCGGAGCCCGAGCACCAGGCUCAGCCCGAAUCAUCUCCUGAAACUGAGCCUACCCUCGAGCCUCAACAAGGCCCCGCACCUGCCCCUGCUCCUGCCCCUGCCCAGGAGCCUCAAUCUCAACCUGAAUCUGAACAUGAGCCUGAAUCCGAGCCUCAACAAGGCCCUGCUCCUGCUCCUGCUCCUGAGCCUCAACCUGAAUCUGACCACGAGCCUGAGUCCGAGCCCAAGCUCGCCCCCACCCUUCCUUCACCCGCUAUCCCAGCCUUGCCCGCAUAUACCUGCCGAUGCGCGGCAUGA